AUGAUCACUAGUGAGGAGCCGUCUACUGCAUGUGCUGGACCGUCGGUGUCUCCUGGGGGUGGAGGCCGACGCUGGUCGCCUCCUGGGGGUGGAGGUCGACGCUGGCCGCCUCCUGGGGGUGGAGAUCGACGCUGGCCGCCUCCUGGGGGUGGAGGCCGACGCUGGCCGCCUCCUGGGGGUGGAGGCCGACGCUGGCCGCCUCCUGGGGGUGGAGGCCGACGCUGGCCGCCUCCUGGGGUGGAGGCCGACGCUGGCCGCCUCCUGGGGGUGGAGGCCGACGCUGGCCGCCUCCUGGGGGUGGAGGCCGACGCUGGCCGCCUCCUGGGGGUGGAGGCCGACGCUGGCCGCCUCCUGGGGGUGGAGGCCGACGCUGGCCGCCUCCUGGGGGUGGAGGCCGACGCUGGCCGCCUCCUGGGGGUGGAGGCCGACGCUGGCCGCCUCCUGGGGGUGGAGGCCGACGCUGGCCGCCUCCUGGGGGUGGAGGCCGACGCUGGCCGCCUCCUGGGGGUGGAGGCCGACGCUGGCCGCCUCCUGGGGGUGGAGGCCGACGCUGGCCGCCUCCUGGGGGUGGAGGCCGACGCUGGCCGCCUCCUGGGGGUGGAGGCCGACGCUGGCCGCCUCCUGGGGGUGGAGGCCGACGCUGGCCGCCUCCUGGGGGUGGAGGCCGACGCUGGCCGCCUUCUGGGAGUGGAGGUCGUUCCUCUCCCACAGUUUAUGUAA